CUUCAUUCAUAACUCGGCGCAGGCGGCGCAAACCUAAGCAGUGAUCAGCAUUUAAACACAGACAUCGCUUCAGAGGCUCCCACAAACACGUCCAUGGAUAACAGCGUCGACCGCCGGGACUUGUUCGAAGAGACAAACAUCUGAGUUUUGCACGUCACAUAAAUUUGACAAGUAAUUAAAACUUAUUUUUAGGCGCAGACUCAGUGCUGGUGCCAUGUUGCGAAGGUAACGCAGCAGCGCGCGACUGAACUGUGCGUCGAGGGAACCCUGGGCUGAAAGUGACCUGAAAAAAGAAGCAGCAGAGGAAACUGCUUCAGAGAUGGCAAAGCCCAUGGACCACGUCAAACGCCCCAUGAACGCUUUUAUGGUGUGGUCGAGAGCCCAGAGACGGAAAAUGGCACUGGACAACCCAAAGAUGCAUAACUCGGAGAUCAGCAAGCGCCUCGGGGGCGAAUGGAAACUCCUGUCAGACUCUGAAAAAAGACCUUUUAUAGACGAGGCCAAGCGCCUCAGAGCCGUUCACAUGAAGGAACACCCGGAUUACAAAUACAGACCGCGGCGAAAGCCCAAAAACCUGAUCAAAAAAGACAGGUAUCAUUUUAAUGUGACGUACAACCUGGGUGACAGUGACCCGCUGAAAACGGACUCAAUGAGCGCCGAGAAAACGUCUGUGGCCGCCGCCACUCGGGUGUUUUUCAGUCACCACCUGUCCACCAAUCCCUAUCCGUUUCUCGACCUGACCUCCAAAAUGUCGGAAUUACCCCCCGCGCCUUUCCCGCAUUACUCAAUGCUCGGGUAUCCCGGUGGAGUCUCCGCGUUUCCCGGCAUUCCCGGGGUUCUGGCCGGCGCGCCGCACGCUCACCCGUCCGCGGGUAACCCGGGCCACAUGGUGCCCUAUAACUGCCUGGGCUGGCCGGGAUCUGGACCCGCUGUUCCUUCUUCGUACGUGCUCUUACCGGGAAUGACCAAAGCUCAGCACGAACCUUAUCUGACUUACGCUGCGACGAUAUGACGGGAAAUGAACGGAGCGCGAUGUUUGUGUAGUAGAAGGUCACGUGCACUUGUUUAAAGCUUUGAUUUUUGUAAAAAAAAAAAUAAUAAUAAAUGUUUAAAAUAUA